AUGCAUGCUUUUCGUGCAAAGGUAUACCAGUACCGGGGCGCUCUUUCCUGCCUUCACAGCACCUCCUACAUCCGCUUUCCUUUGUUGUUAACAUUGAGCGUGCUUCGAACGCGCAUGCCCGUUUCUUCCCCACCGGCGUCGACGUGUGAGGACACGUACGUGUCGCCGCCGUUGUCGGACGCGGCGCGAGCGCUGCUUGGCGACUUCGAGGACAAAUUCGUGGAAGUGGGCACCUGCGCCAGCACGGGGAAGCGCGUCACGAUUUGCUACAACGCCUUUGGCGACCCCUCGCAUCCCUGCCUGCUGCUCGUCCAGGGCAUCGGCACCUCCCUCCUCGGCUACUCCCUGCAGUUCGUCCAGCACUUCGUCGACAAGGGCUACUAUGUGAUUCGGUACGACAACCGCGAUGCAGGGCUGUCCACCCACUUCGACGAGUUUGGGUCGCCGGCGCUGAUCCGGCUUGGGCUGCCGGAGUGGCUCUCCGUCGGCGAGCGCCUUCCUUACAACUUGUACGACAUCAUGGCAGACGGCAUUGGGUUGUUGGAUGCGCUGCACAUCUCCAAGGCGCACUGCUUUGGCAUGAGCAUGGGCGGUAUGCUGGUGCAGCUCAUGGCGAUCCACCACCCAGAUCGCGUGCUCAGCCUCAACAUCCUCUGCUCGCACGCAGGCGGCCGCGACAAGACGGACCCGAAUCUGCUUCACUACGCGCGCUUUCUGAAGCGGCCGCGCAGCCAGAGCGCGAUCGACCGCGCGGACCACAUGAUCUGGUUCAUCAACUACCUCAGUCAAGGCGCCUACCUGCUGCACAUGGACGCGGUGCGGCAGUACAUUCUGUACUCGUACGAGCGCAACGGCGUGCACGACGACCGCGGGAUGCCCCGGCAGGCGGCGGCGGUAAUGCGGGCACCGAGUCGCGUAGAGGGACUGAAGAAGGUCCAAUGUCCCACGUUGGUGAUGCACGGCGGCGCGGACCCGCUUAUCCCAGUGGCGAACGGGCACCACCUGGCCGACGUGAUUCCGGCGGCCAAGCUGGUCAUCUUCCCAAAGCUAGGGCACGACUUUCCCUUGACGCUGAUGCCGUUCUUCCAAGACGAGAUCGUGCUCAACAUGAGCUACGCAACUGUCAAACAUGAGCUAUAG